UUAUUUCAGGUGCAAGGUAUAAAGUUUGUAAUUGCUAGUCACCUUUCAUUGACCCGUACGGUUCAGAGUGUAAUGGCUACUACUUUUUUAGAGUCGCUAUUAAAUCGUUAGACAAAAAGUAUAUUAUUGACAAGCCAGCCACCGACGAGGGCGGACAAUCUGAGAGAAUUUCAUAAAGAAAAUCCAUGAAAUUCUUUUUUAUAAAUCUACAAGGAAAUCCGUUCUACCACAAGUGAAGACCACACAGAGAAUCCUCUUCAAAGGCACAAGCCUAAGGAAUCAUCUGAUUGGCUCGUUCAGUGGGGGACCAUGGCCCUGUUGGAGGGGUUUUUACCCCAGAUGCCCCCACCCUUGACCCUCCUGGAGGUGGUGCUGGUGCUGUUUCUGCUCUACCUGCUGUCUUCCACCCCUGGGCAGGGAAAAGACCCACCGGGACCCAGACCCCUGCCCCUCCUUGGGAACCUGCUCCACCUGGACCUCAAACAGCUCCAUGUGUGUCUCUGUGAGCUGUCCAAGAAAUACGGAUCUGUGUUCACUGUACACUUGGGCCCCAAGAAGGUGGUCGUCCUGGCAGGCUACAAGACGGUCAAACAGGCGCUGAUCAACUACGCUAAAGAGUUUGGAGACCGGGAAAUUUCACCCAUAUUUACAGAUGCUCUGCAAGGACACGGUGUGACAUUUGCCAACGGAAACUCCUGGAAGGUGAUGAGACGCUUCUCCCUCAAAAACCUACGCGCCUUCGCGAUGGGCAAGAGGGGGAGCGAGGAGAAGAUCAUCGAGGAGUCGCGCCACCUCGCCGAGGUGUUUGGGAAUUUUAAGGGUGAGCCUUUCGACACCACUCAGCCACUGAAGUACUCCGUCUCCAACAUAUUGAGCGCCAUCAUGUAUGGCUGCCGCUUUGACUACGCUGACCCCGCCUUUCACAAAAUGGUCGAGAGGACAAAAGAAGCUGUCCGGCUGUCUUCUUCAGUUGAAAUAAUGCUUUAUAACCUGCUCCCCUGGCUGCGCUGGUGUUGUGGCCGGUGGCUGGUGAAGCGUACCAAGAUGUUGAAGAUCACAGAAAACCUGGUAGAAGGGAUCAAGGGGCUGGCGCAGGGACAGAAGGACACACUCAACUCCCAGGACCUCAGGGGAUUUGUGGACUCCUUCCUGGUUCGGCAGCAGGAGGAGUCAGACCAGCCGGGUUCCUACUUCCACAACAACAACCUGAACUAUACUGUCGGCAACCUGUUUGCAGCGGGGAUGGAUACCACUGGAACCACCCUGAGAUGGAGCCUACUGCUGAUGGCCAAGUACCCCCACAUACAAGACCAGGUUCAGGAGGAGUUGAGCCGGGUCAUUGGGGACCGGGAACCCCGGGUGGAGGACCGGAGGAACCUGCCCUACACAGACGCCGUGAUCCACGAGAUCCAGAGACUGUGCAACAUUCUACCACUGAACUUUCCCCACACCACCACCUGCGAUGUCACCUUCCAGGGACACUUCAUCAAGAAGGGAACAAUGGUGGUCCCACUCCUGACGUCAGUCUUGUGGGACGAGGAAGAGUGGGAGACGCCCCACAGCUUCAACCCCGGCCACUUCCUGGAUGAGAAGGGCUGCUUCAUCAAGAGAGACGCCUUCAUGCCCUUCUCUGCAGGGCGACGGGCCUGUGUGGGAGAGAGCCUGGCCAGGAUGGAGCUCUUCCUCUUCUUCACCCUCCUCCUGCAGAGGUUCCACUUCACACCACCACCGGGGGUGUCCGAGGACGAGCUGGACCUGACAUCGACUGUGGGGUUCACCCGCAGCCCAUCCCCCCACCUGCUGUGCGCUGUGAGCCGGACCUAAACCCCACUCCAGCUGAUGGGUGGGAACAUCAGCUCUUUUGUUUUUACCAAACGCUUCUUGAUCAUGAGUUACUGUAAAUUUUAUAAACUAAUGUAAAUAAACAUUUAAUAAACAUAAA